GUACAACACGUUCGCUCUGUCCGACGUGUGGCUGCUGAGCACCAUUGUUGUCUUCUCCGUCCUUGGAAACGUGCACGAGUUCCGGAGCAAGCAGGAGAUUCACGUGGGCGUGGCGAUGUUCUGCGGCUGCUAUGUCGUCUACCUGCUGCAGAAGAGCAGAGAG